CUCGAUUACAUCUGGCAAACCAAAGAGAUGACGACAAGACUUUCAGACGACCUUGUCCCUCUUGUCAAGUUUCCGGCGCGCCACCGUCGCGAACCCCAGCUUUAUAUCGUGGAGCCCACUUCGUCUCGCAUGAAAGGCAGAAUCGUCGAUACGGAUCAUCGCUCUGCUUCCAGGGAUUUCGUUUUGCCUAGAGGGUGGACCGUUGAGGAGAAGCAGAGGAGAAACUCUUCUCAUAUCGAUAAGUAUUAUACGGAGCAGAAAACGGGAAAGCGGUUCCGUUCACUUGUUUCUGCUAAGAGGUACUUGAACAAUACCGGGAACGUUACAGCUGCUUCGGUUUCUAAGGUGCAGCACUCCGAGCAGGUUCCGGGUUUGAUGAUUUGGAAUGGUACUGGAUUUGACACCGUGGUUACUUAUCCAAAGCCACCAGAGAAAGUAAAAUGGGUAUUUACCGGUCCAGAAGGAUACAUGUUUAGUGCCCAUGUUAGCGGUUCCGACGUCUCUAGCUCUGUCAAACGUACUUGGUCUGAGACUUUUGUCUCAUUGAUCCAAGACUGCUAUUAACCAUCUGAAUCCUAAGUUUUGUUACCUGUUUUGGUAUAAUGUACAAGAUCUCCCGGUCGGCAGUCUCUCCAAGUUGUCAUGCAUCAGCAGUGAUCUGAUUGAUACCUUUAGAGAGUACCUCACAAUUAUAUUUCAAUUCUGUUUUUAAUUUUUUUAAAUAAAAACAUCUUAAUCAAUAGAAAAAAAAACACGCAAAGAAAGAGAUUUUCACUUGUCAGCAAGACUAGCUUUGCGGUUCACAAAAUUU